CCCUAUGGGUCCCUAUGGGUCGCUAUGGGUCCCUAUGGGUCGCUAUGGGUCCCUAUGUGUCCCUAUGUGUCCCUAUGGGUCCCUAUGUGUCCCUAUGUGUCCCUAUGGGUGCGAUGUGUCCCGCAGGCGCUGUGGGCGGCGCUGCUCCCUCUGCUGGCGCUGUCGGCGCCCCACGCGCUGCUCCCGGCUCUGUUGGCCGCUCUGUGGGGCGGAGCCACGUUGGGGGCGGCGCUGCUGCGCUUCACCCCCCGGCUGCCCCACGGAGACUGCGUGGAGGCGCUGCGUUCGUGCAGCGGAGCGGUGGUGGCCGCCGUGGUGGCGCUGAUGGCCAUCGUGGCGUCGCGCAGCGUCAUGGCCGCCGUCACCUUCAGCCUGGCCCUGGGGCUGGCGCUGCUCUACGCCUACGACGCCUUCGGCACCAUCCGCACCCGCCUGGCGCCGCCCCACGACCCACAACUGAACGGGACCUGAGAGAGGGAACUCCGACAUCCGGACCCACAACUCUGCCCCAUAGCGUCCCAUAGAUCCCUCCUGCCCCAUAGAUCUGUGCUGCCCCAUAGAUCCACCCCAUAGAUCUGUCCUAUAGAUGCGUGCCCCAUAGCUCUGCCCCAUAGAUCUGUGCUGCCCCAUGGAUCCACCCCAUAGAUGUGCCCUAUAAAUGUGUGCCCCAUAGAUCUGUGCUACCCCAUAGAUCCACCCUAUAGAUGUGUGCCCCAUAGCUCUGCCCCAUAGAUGAUCUGUACUGCCCCAUGGAUCUGUGCUGCCCUAUAGAUCCACCCCAUAGAUCCGCCCCAUAGAUUGUGCCCCAUAGAUGAUCUGUGCCCCAUAGAUCCGUGCUGCCCCAUAGAUCCACCCCAUAGAUCCGCCCCAUAGGUUUGUGCCCCAUAGAUGAGUGCCAUUAAUUAAAGACCGUUAAAACUCA